UGUAUGUAUAUAUGGAAAGCCAGAGAGAGCUGGGUUUCAUUCGCUAGACGUGCAAUGCUUCAGCAGAGACAUCUACAGGAGGCUUAUAGUCUGUUUCAUGAGAGAGCCUGAAGGCUGCUAUUAAUUAUUUGCAGAGCCCAUCAGUCAUUGCUGUAGGGAAUCAUCUGAGGGUUACUUCAUACACCCAGGGCUGCAGUCACAGGAGUUGUGUGCUUUUAUUCUGUCUUGAGGUCGUCCCCCCACGCUACAGCCCAAAGAUGCCCAACUUCUCGGGAAACUGGAAGAUGAAGCAUUCUGAAAAUUUUGAGGAAAUGCUGAAAGCGUUGGGUGUGAACAUGAUGCUGAGGAAGAUUGCCGUAGCUGCAGCUUCUAAACCAGCUGUAGAGAUCAAACAGGAAGGAGAGUGCUUCUACAUUAAAACGUCCACCACCGUCCGAACCACAGAAAUCAACUUCAAAAUGGGGGAAGAGUUUGAGGAGCAGACCGUAGACGGACGCCCAUGCAAGAGCUUGGCCAAGUGGGAAAGUGAGAACAAAAUGGUUUGCGAACAAAGACUUCUGAAAGGGGAAGGACCCAAGACUUCCUGGUCUAGGGAACUGACCAACGAUGGCGAGCUUAUACUAACCAUGGUUGCUGACGAGGUCACCUGUACCCGGAUUUACAUCAGGGACUAAUUUAACUUGGCACAGGAGAUCUACGGCAUUCUGUCCUACCAAACUAUUCUUCUGAAUCUUCAAUAACCACUUCAAAUAAAGCAGAAAGUAUUCAGUUUACAGCAACACAUUGAACUCGCAAUACUCGGUCAAGUUGGUCUUCAACUUGAUACCAGUUUUCCAGGAGACCCAGGUUCUUGCUUCGCUCUAAAAAAGGCCUCACUUAUCAGACAAUGUCAUGAACAUCACAGCAGUUGGAAUAGUGAAAGUAUAGGUCUUUAACCAAUUAACAAAGCUUUCGUCAUUAACCAGA